AUGUGCUGCCGUAGAAAAACUGGAGAAUUUGUACCUGAAAGAGUCCCAGAACUAGAAGAGCCAAAUAAUUUCUUAGACCUUCUUGAAAGCUUAAAAGUAGAGUUUAAAGGAACAAAAGAACUUGAAAUUUUAAGAGAUCAGUUAGUAGCAAGGGAAGAAUGGAAAAAUCCGAAUGCCAAAAAUUAUUUAGCACUUAGAACUGAGGCACAAAAUUUAACAGCGAUUAUGAUAAGGCAAAUUAAGGUUAUGGCAAGAGGAUUAAGAACUUUGGUGCUUAUUAAUGAAAAACUUGAAGAUGGAGUGAGGAACUCUGCUGACUCCCCCCCCCUUUUAAAUUGGAACAAAAUAUCGGUAAAAUUUCCACUUUUUUGGUAAAUUAAUCCCCCUUUAAAUUGGAACAAAAUUUAAUUUUAUAAUAAAAAAUUAUAUAUAAUUUUUAUCUAAAAAAGUUUUGAUAUAAGCUAAAUGUUUCUUCUUAACUAAAAUUAAAAAUUUAGUUAUAUCUUGCUCUUUUUUAAAGAAACAAAGUAUAAAGAGCAUCUUAUUUAAAUAAAUUUAUUAUCCUUAAUUGCUAAAUUUUAAAAAAAAAAAAAAUUAAUUUUUUUUUUUUAAAAAUUUCCAAAAAAAAUUUUUGUUUUUUGUUGAUAAAAACGAUAUUUUUAAUUUGGAUAGUUUUUGCUAUAAAUUAAAUAGGAAUUCUUUAUAAAAUUUCAAAAUUUACUUAUUUCUUGCUUUAUUUUAAAGAAUAGAGUAUAAAUAACAUCUUAUUUAAACAAAAAAUUAGCACUUUGAUCGAUAAAUUUUCUAAAAUUUGUUUUUUUUUUUAUUUUUUUUUAUCAAAAAAAAUAAUAAUUUUUGUGUAAAUAAUUUUGAUACCAAUUAAUAUUGGCGUAUUAACUAAUAAUGAAAAUUUAGUUAUAUCUUGCUUUUUUUUUAAUGGAUAAAGAGUAAAUAGCAUUUUAUUAAACAAAAUUUUAUAAUCUAACUCGAUAAGUUUUUGAAAUUUUUUUUUUAAAUUUUUUUAUAUAUAAAAUUUUUUUUUAUAAAAAAUUUUAUAUUGAUAUUUUUUUUAAAAAAAUAAAUUAACCCCCCUUUAAAUUGGAACAAAAUUUUUAGUUCCAAUUUAAAGGGGGGGGGAGUGAGUAA